CUGGGUUGAAUGAAUCUGACUCGGACGAGGAUGGUUAUCGGAUAUCGGAUCUAUACGGUCCGUAUGAUCCGCCAAGUCUGAGGCACUAACAGGGUACAUAGGAAUAUAGGGGUUAUAGGAUAGGAUAGGGUGUACCACCAUCUUGUCUUCAGCAUGUCUUAUGAAAUUGUUGACAUUACAGUCGGAAAUUCGACCGAAACGGUAUCUAUAAAUAAGUCAUUAUGGGUCCGAGAUAACAAUCCUGGAUGGGGCGCCUUAAUAGAGGGAUAUUUCGGCCAGCGUGAUACUCUGGAUUCCCUCAAAGCGAGCGAGCAACCCAUUCUCGAGAUCCCGAUUGCACAAGAGUUCGAUCUUCCUAAGAAAAUCCUUAUUCGCUCAGAGCUACAAACGAUGUAUAAAAGAGUCGGGGCGCUGUAUCGGUCCAAUCUGAGGUCCGGUGCGAUUAUCAGUGGGCAGCCUGGCUGUGGUAAAUCGACCUCAAUACCUUACUUUUUGGUGGAACAACUCGCCGAUAAACGUCCCGUCUACGUAAUGGACAAAAUCGAACAUCUACUUUAUAACUAA